CACCUUCGAUCAGGAUGCUCCUCGCUUUUGGGUGCUUGGCGUGUUGGCCGCAUUGCCUCUUUCAAAAUGCGUUUCUCUACCGUUCUAGGCUGCGUCCUCCCGCUUGUUCUAGCGGAAGAGCUGGUCAUCCCAGCAGUUGAGGAUGCCGUCAAGUUCCAGUUAGCCCAUUUCAGCGACUAUUACGUCGAGGCGGGCAACUACACAGUCGAGUCCAGAGAAGCUCUACCAAUUGCAGAGCGCCGAAAUAUCGAGGAACGUCAAUCGCAGAGUUAUUGGUUUGCGGACAUAGCCAAGCAAGGCGUUUCGGCUUUUAAUGAUGAUUCGACAUAUAAGAUCUUCCGAAACGUGAUGGACUAUGGUGCAGUAGGAGAUGGAACCACCGAUGACACUGCUGCCAUCCAAAGGGCCAUCAAUGCUGGAAACAGAUGUGCACCCGGUGCAUGCAAGUCGAGCAGCACAACCAAUGCAGUUGUCUAUUUCCCUUCCGGAAUCUAUAAGGUCUCUUCGUCCAUCGUUGUCUCCUACGCAACACUCAUGAUCGGAAACCCCAAUAACCUGCCUACACUAAGAGCAACCCCCGAUUUCGUUGGAUUCGGAGUCAUCGACGGCGCCCAGUACCAACCAGGCGGCAUACUUCCUUAUGGCGCUACCAAUAUCUUCUGGCGACAGGUCAGGAAUUUUGUUAUCGACAUGACUAACAUUCCCUCAGCAAGUAGCGCCACUGGAAUACAUUGGCCAACGUCUCAGGCUACGAGCUUGGACAAUAUUAUUAUUAGAAUGGAUGACCACGCCGGCACUCAGCACCAAGGCCUUUUCAUCGAAGAGGGUUCAGGUGGUUUCCUGAGUAACCUUAGAUUCUACGGAGGUAAAUAUGGUGCCGUCUUCGGAAACCAGCAGUUCACAGUCCGUAAUCUCUACUUCACCGGCGUAUUUACCGCCAUCUCCCAGAUAUGGAACUGGGGGUGGACAUACCAAGGAAUUGAUAUAGCGAACUGCUCCGUUGGCCUCGAGAUGGCGUACCGAAAUGACAAUGGCAAGGAAGUUGUGGGCUCGGCGGUCUUUUUUGACAGCUACAUCAAAGAUGUGGAUGUCGCCUUUAGCAUAUCGAGAGACAAGAACUCGCAGCCUAGCACGGGCGGUAGUUUAGCCAUUGAAAAUGUUCAGCUCUACCAUGUCGGAGUCGCUGUUCAACAUGCGCCGAGCAAGUCUACACUUCUCGCAGGCUCGGCCGGCACAAGCGUUAUCGAAAGCUGGGUCACAGGACAUGUCUAUCGUCCUAAUGGGCCGAACAAGCUUACCCAAACCCAGACACCGGUUUCUCGUCCCGCGUUGCUCACCCGAGGCGGUGCAUACUACAAGCGGGACAAGCCCACCUAUUCGACGCUCGCUCUCUCGGCGUUUGUUUCCGUGAGAAGUGCUGGCGCUAAGGGCGAUGGAAAGACAGAUGACACCCUGGCCCUGCAACAAGUCAUCACCGCUGCCGCUGCUGCCGGCAAGAUCGUGUAUUUCGACGCGGGUACCUACAUCAUCACCUCAACGCUUUUCAUCCCCGCGAAUAGCAAGAUCGUAGGAGAGGCUUAUCCUGUGAUCAUGUCGAGCGGUUCAUUCUUCAAUGACGUCAAAAAUCCGAAGCCAGUUUUGCAAGUUGGAAAGCAAGGGCAAUAUGGCGCUGUGGAAUUGAGUGACUUGAUGAUAUCUACACGUGGUGCUCAGGCUGGUGCUAUCUUGAUUCAAUGGAAUCUGGCAUCGUAUGAUUCUGUGCCCAGUGGAAUGUGGGAUGUACACACCCGCGUAGGAGGUACCAAGGGGUCGCAGCUCACAUACGCUGAAUGUCCUGCAACCACUUCAUCCGCCGUCAAUAACAACUGCAGAUCUGGUCACACCUCCAUGCACAUUACCCGCUCAGCUACCAACCUGUAUAUGGAAAACGUAUGGCUCUGGACUGCUGAUCACGACGUGGAUGACCCUUCCCUGCGCCAGAUCACUGUGUACACAGGGCGCGGUAUGCUCGUUGAGUCGCAACAAGGCAAGAUCUGGCUCGUGGGUACCUCUGUAGAGCACCACGUUCGCUACCAGUAUCAGUUUCUCAACACCCAGAACAUCUACGGUGGCCAGAUCCAAACGGAAACCCCCUAUUACCAACCUAACCCAUCCGCGAGGUCGCCCUUCCCGCUCAUCUCUACCGACCCCAACUUCGAUGUUUCGUGCCCAAAAGCAACCGCGGCAAGCAACUGUGCUGAAGCAUGGGGUCUUGUAGUGAGGGCGAGCAAGAAUGUACUCAUCUACGGUGCUGGGCUCUACUCAUUCUUCAGCAAUUAUGACACGUCUUGCUCUGCUGCUGGGGCCCAGACUCUUUGCCAGCAAGGAAUGGUGCUCUAUGACGCUAACGCAAUCAACUUCCGGGUGUACGGCCUGAAUACAAUCGGCACGUAUGGUAUGAUCUACAAGGAUAGGGUGAGGAUGGCGACGUAUGACUACAACACCAACGUCUACCCGAGCUCUAUCAUAUCAUUCGACAAUGGUGUACGUGAGGUCUUUUGAGAUUUCCAACUGAUCUCAAGUUUUCGCUAGGCUAUGUAUGUAGGUCGUUGAAUCUCUUUGUUCAGCAAGGUGAUGUGGUAACA